CAUGUUAUACAAGAUGAAGUUCCUCAACCGCUCCUUAGCAGUCUUCUUGCUGCUUAGAGCUAAUCUUGAUAUAUGGAAAGCGUCCCCAUCUGAAUCAGCCUUUGUCCUAGGGAUCGGAACCGAUCCCUCCUUAUCAAAAUACUCCAUACAUCCCCAGGAACAUCUUAGACAACGGUCCAAAAAGCCUACCCAUCCCUCCAAACAAUGUUUUAACCAAUACAUGCCACCGGUCUGGUGCCCGGCCAUCAAACAACCUCACCACAUUUAGUCUCCUAACUCACGCCCAACCAGAUAUCUACAGACGUGCUGU